AAUCUGCUUUUAUGGGUAAAAUGCUGUGAUAUCUUUUACCAAAAUUUACCAUGCAAUCUGUGAAUCGCAUCAACUAUUUUUCUAGGUAUUUUAUGAAACAUCCUGUAUUUUCAGUAUUUCCAAUCAUAAAAUCAUCAUAACAAAACUGGGAACUGAUUCAUUGCAUUAAAUCCAAGCGAACAAUUUUAAGCGACACGUGUUCCCCAUCCACUGGCGUUUCGAUGAACGCGAAGCUCCGUUAUCCGCUAUCUUCCUUUCAAAAUAACGAUUCCCACCAAGUGUCUUCACCAGGAGCCCUAAAUUCUCCUCCGAGAAGCCCUAAUCCACUACGAUGUCGCCGUCCAACGAGGUAGUCGAAGACUCCAGCUGCUGUUCGUCUUUCUCUGGCAAUAAUGGUGGAAUUCACGGGGACUGUUGCGUUGUGUGCUUUGGAGAUUGUGACGGUAAGGAAUGCAGGAGAUCAUAUCCUCAUACGUGCUCUUCAUUUGCGCCGGGGUUGGGUGUGGUGUCGUUGAAUAAUUCCGAGAAGCUGUGGAGAGUCUUGACCGCCUCGACUAAAGGUUUUGCGAUUGGAGCUGGCAUCAAGGGAGGUCUCGCUGUCUUCUCGAUCCUAGCCAAACUGAGACGCAGAUCAUUGCGCUCCGCCAGGAAAGUUGAGUUGUUUACAAAUAGUGAAGCGAUAACUAUGGCCUUCAAUGAGACGCUUAGAUACGGGUUCUUCCUUGGUACUUUUGCUGGUACUUUCGUUUCUGUGGAUGAGAUUGUCGCUGCUUUGGGAGGACACCGAAGGACUGCAAAAUGGAGGGCCUUGUUAGCAGGAUUGAUUGCGGGGCCUUCAAUGCUUUUAACGGGGCCAAACACACAGCACACGAGCUUGGCCAUAUACAUACUUAUGCGAGCUGCUGUGUUAGCUUCUCGCUGCGGGAUAAAGAGCAAACGAUUUGGGCGAAUUUGUAGGCCUCUUGCAUGGAAGCACGGUGAUAUCUUCCUCAUGUGCCUCUCCUCGUCCCAAAUUCUGUGUUCUUACAUAUUGAAGCAAGACAGUUUGCCUCCAUCAUAUAAGUCCUUUCUCAAUACACAUGGUGGAAAGGAUAUUGCUAUCCUGCAGGGUGUGAAAGACAUUGCGAGUGGCAUGCCUUUUACUAAUUUGGAGACAAUUGAGAAAUGUUACAGCACCAUGGGCAUUAACGUUAAACUUGAUCCAGAAAUGAAAAUCCCUUGCUCAAUUAUACAUGGAAAUCAAUCAUGUGGUGCACAUUUUUUCACUUUCCUCUUUCAAGCUUACAAAAGAGCAUUACCAGUGUAUCUUCCUGUCUAUUUGAUACCUGCAUUGAUAGUUCAUCGUCAAGGCCUCUUGAAAAGGCCUUACACCAUAUUGGGGAAGAGUCUUCUAGGUACUGCAAGAUCAAGUUUGUUUCUUUCAACAUAUUGCUCAUCUGCAUGGGCGUGGACGUGCCUGCUUUUUAGGAUUUUCAAAAAAUGCAACAUUCCAAUGGUAGCUCUGGGAACGUUUCCCACUGGACUUGCAUUGGCUAUUGAGAAGAAGAGCAGGAGAAUUGAAUUGUCACUUUACUGCCUUGCACGGGCUAUUGAGAGCUUCUUUACAUGCAUGAUUGAUGUUGGAUAUUUGCCACAGUUAAAGAAUCUGAAAAGAGUUGAUGUGGUAAUUUUCAGUCUAUCAACAUCCAUUAUAAUGCAUUGCUACGCACAGGAGAGGGAAGUCUUUCGGUCUAAGUACUUGAAUGUUCUUGACUGGGUGUUUGGAGUGCCCCCUCCCCCAUGUGAAACCCCACGCUGCAAAGACAGUUAAAGUGGGUCUUCUAUAAUUUAUUUAUUUAUUGGUUUCGUUUAUGCGGUCGGUACAAUGUAAUUUAACAGGCAAAACAAUUUCCAUUAGUUUCAGAGACAAUGAAAAUCAAGUUACUCAA